CAUGAACCUCCUGAAACAGUCGAGCGAAGGCAGUUGAAGGAGGGGGUAGAUUGCUGGAAAAUGUCGGGCGGCGCGGAUCUGAUGGCGGUUUCGAUGCAGCCGCUGGAUAGGAGUUGUUGGGUGUGUUUUGCCACUGAUGAAGACGAUCGGACAGCAGAAUGGGUUCGGCCUUGCAGGUGCAGAGGAUCCACCAAAUGGGUUCACCAAGCUUGUCUACAGCGAUGGGUCGAUGAAAAGCAAAGGGGCAACAGUACUGCCAGAGUGGCAUGUCCACAGUGUAACGCUGAAUACUUAAUUGUCUUUCCAAAACUGGGUCCAGUUGUUUAUGUACUGGAUCUUGCAGACCGCCUCAUCUCCAAAGCAUGCCCAUUUGCAGCAGCUGGAAUCAUGGUGGGUUCAAUCUAUUGGACAGCUGUCACAUAUGGAGCUGUGACUGUUAUGCAGGUUGUGGGACAUAAAGAAGGCCUGGACGUCAUGGAGAGAGCUGACCCGUUGUUCCUUUUGAUUGGACUUCCAACCAUUCCAGUUAUGCUCAUUUUGGGCAAGAUGAUUCGUUGGGAGGACUAUGUCCUGAGACUGUGGCGAAAAUACUCCAAUAAGUUACAGAUUUUAAACAGUAUCUUUCCAGGAAUUGGUUGCCCUGUUCCUCGUGUUCCAGCUGAGGCCAGCCCACUAGCAGAUCAUGUGUCAGCUACUCGCAUUCUUUGUGGGGCUUUAGUUUUUCCUACUAUUGCCACUAUAGUUGGUAAAUUAAUGUUCAGCAGUGUAAACUCAAACCUGCAAAGGACUAUUUUGGGUGGUAUUGCCUUCGUGGCCAUUAAAGGAGCAUUUAAAGUGUACUUCAAACAGCAGCAGUAUUUGCGCCAGGCCCACCGAAAGAUAUUGGAUUUUCCAGAAGAAGAGGCAUGAGAAGAACCCGAGUACAGCCUGGUUAAUGUGCUAUCAUUCUUAUCUGGCAGUUGUGCAUUAUUGGUUAUAUAACAUUGUGCUGUUAUAUGGUAAUGUGGGUAGGCUGCUGGUGCAGACUAAUGUACACAUUUUUUUAGAAGCAAAAUAAAGCACUUUCAUUUGGCAAAAACUGGCAGCUGAUGCUAUCAGUGAUCAUUGAACCCAAGAAUGUGAUUGACUUUGGUUGCUUUUUAAGCACUUUCUUUAUCGUGAUUUGACAGCAUAAUACUUAAUUAGUAUUAAAGCUAGUGUAACCUUUCUGCAACGCAGCAAAUGUAAUAGUUUAUGGAAUCUUGCAUUUUAAAUUUUGUUGACUGUACAAUUUAUUUUCAAAAUGUGUAAUUUUUUUUGCAAUACAUUCUUUCAUUAAACCUUCAUUAAACAAAACCUUUCUUAUUUUACGUGGUGAUUACACUAUGAUCUGUAUACACUAAGUUGAACAUUUGCUGGCUUUUCAUGGUUGACAAUAAUGUAUUCAACUUUGUAUUAGCUUAAUGAAGAAAAGCAGUUUUCUUGAGAUAGUUUCUCAUUCUAGACUUGAUCUCCAGGGCAUUUUGUACUGUGACUCAUAUUUUACAAUUCCUUUAGUGAAAAUCUGCAAAAUAUUUUUUCCCCUUGAGUGCUUUACAUUAUCGGUAAGUAGAAGUUUUACUGAGUUCUAACCUCUUAUUUUUCCUCCUCCUCCUCUUCCCCUGCCCAACAUUAUCACCGAGAAGGUUGUACUGUAUUUCUCAUAACCAUUUUGUUUGUUGUGCUGUUUUUCUUUAACAGCUGCAAAGCAUUUAUAUUGGUUCAUGAUGUACAAUAUCAAUGAUCGGUUUGAACAUGUAUUGAUUGUACAGUAUUGCCUAUUGAUCUAUAGACUUCAUUGGCCAAAGUAUUAUAAAUAAAAAUUUAUAUUAAAAA